AUGACAAGACUGCGCCUUUUGCUAGAUAUUCGGGAAGAAGAUAAAUCAAACGAUCAAGAUUGGAAAUCCGUGCCCAAAGAGAAAUCCGAAGUGUUUAAAUUACGCGCGAAAACUGACAAACGUCUGGCAGUCGGCUUUCAUCAGACCAGCGGAUUAGCUCAAAUAGCAAUCGAACAAAGGCGUUGCGGAGCUUCCAGACGGCGCAGCUUGGGGUUGGUCGGACCCCUGUCGCACGCUGUGGCCCUGCGCACCCUGUUCGAUCGAGCGCUGCCAACUUUGAACGACGCUGCUCGCUCGGAAUUAUUACUGGAGCGCUUUGUGGAGAGUCUACGGGAUAAUCUACUAGAAAAUGUGCCAAUUGUUCAAGCGGGGCGUGCCAUGGAUGUGUCCACGCUGGCUGAAGUCGUAACGGAUCAUGAAGUUUCAGCUCUCCAGAAACAUGUAGUCCCAAGAAGAUAUCCGUCAGAGGAUGCUACGGGAGCCCUGAGAAGCUGA